UUUACCUACCACGUACGCGACCCAUGCCUGUCUAUAAAUAAGCAGGCGGUUCUUUGAUGCCUUUAUCCUUGGGGCCACCACCAGACUCACAGGUAUGCAUUCGCGACGGCAAGGAACCUGGCAUGUACUCUUCACCAUUUACAAUGUGGACGUUCCUGAAAAGUCCGAACAGGCCAAACGGUUUCUGAUUUCCAAGAUGGGUGGAUGCAGGUCGAAGGUGGCAGUGCUCUCUAGCGCCCGCCCUCCCGGACCCUGAUUACCUUGUCUUGGGGUCCGUUGUUUCCAUAAAUGCAACAACCGGCAUGCAGCCCUUCAGCCCUACGGCUGAUUGAUUGGAAAGCAACAGGCGCAGGUUUGGGUGACCGAGACGAGACGAUCCAAACUAUUUGGGAGUUUUCUCAAAGGACAUGCGACCUAGGUCAGGCCCCUCCGCAGACGUUGAGGCCAGUCGCUACCCCCACUACAAAGCAACAAAUUUCGGCUUCCCAACCCCACUUUGAAGAAAAGGGGUCUCGCUUCCCCAUACUGGGGCGUGUUCAGUUGUUGGUACCUACCCUCUACCUCAGGGAUGCGUGUCUAAAGGGUUCGAGAUCCGAGCUUACCAGCUGCCAGCACUAGACAAGACCAAAUCCUAGCACUCGCAUAAAGUCGUUUAAAUCAAGAGCGAGAGCAAACAAUUACUUGGACAGUGGCCUAAGCCAUGCACCCUAUCAUGAAUGAAUGUAGGUAAAUGCCAAGCUAGCUACCAAGCGAUACCAACUUUGGAUACGCGACUAGGCAUCAGUACUGUACACUCAAUUUAGGGACCUUAACACAUGUGCUGCUGGCAAGCUCGCUUUGCGCCGCUUGAACCUGUCCGUCGUUUUUACAGAUCGAAGGGUUCUCCAAAAGAAAGGAAAGAAGCAACAUAAUUUUGAUUCUUUGUCCCGCUGCUUGACUGGAGAAGCUCGUCUGCACAUUUGCUUCCCUUUAAAGUUACGGUAUCGCUGCACAUUGGUACAACCAUUGUGUUGGGUUGCACUAUCAAGUCCAGGGCAUUUGGCUGUACUUUGGGGAUAGAAAUAUCAGACUCUAUCAGAAACCCCCACACCCUAGUUAUGCCAUCAUUACGGCGUUGGCGACCAUUGACCCUGGUGACGGUCGCCUGGUUCGUAGUUUGCUGGUAUUUUCUACGAAGCCCGUCGGAUUCGCCUCAACUUACAGAUAACACGCAAAAGACGGAGUCGGUGAGGUGGCAGAAACGCCCAGAAAGGUAUCCCGUGGCAUCUCUCCGGUCACUCCCGCCAAUUCCGACACCAGCUCCAGCCAUCCCACACAUUCAAAAGGCACAGCCGGAUGAAAGUACCGAGGCCAAUGCGGUGCGGCUGCAGCGCCUGGCGGCCGUCAAGGAGAGCUUCCAGCACAGUUGGCGCGGCUACAAAGAGCACGCAUGGCUCCACGACGAGGUUUCGCCCAUCAGCGGAGCCGCGGUCGACCCUUUUGGCGGGUGGGCGGCGACGCUCGUCGACUCGUUGGACAUCCUGUGGAUCAUGGGCCUAAAGAGCGACUUUGAAGCCGCCGUCAAGGCGGUAGGCAAGAUCGAUUUUGGCAGGGCCGAGGGGCGGACUAUCAACAUCUUUGAGACGACGAUCCGGUACCUGGGCGGCUUCCUGGCGGCGUACGAGCUGAGCGGGCACAAGUACCCAGGGCUCCUCACAAACGCCGUUGAGGUGGGCGACUUGAUCAUGUGCGCGUUCGACACGCCGAACCGCAUGCCCAUCUCACGGUGGGACCUGGCGGCAUAUGUCUCCGGCGCGCGUCAGGAGGCACCGCGCCAGAUGCUGAUUGCGGAGCUCGGCUCUAUCGGCCUGGAGCUGACCAAGCUUUCGCAGCUGACGGGAGACAACAGAUACUACGACGCCGCGCAGAGGGUUGCAGACGAGCUGGAGAAGUCACAGCAAAAGACAAAGCUGCCGGGCAUGUGGCCCGUCUCGGUCAACGCCAAGCAGCUCAGGUUUGAUGUCGAUCGCAUGUUUACGUUGGGUGGCAUGUCAGACUCGGCGUACGAGUAUCUCCCCAAGCAGUACAUGAUACUCGGUGGAGUUUUGGAGCAACCUAGGAAGAUGUACGAGGAUUUUCUUGGAGUUGCCAAGAAAUACCUAUUAAAGAGAGUUCUCAACCGGCACAAUGAGCCGCUCAUCAGCUCCGGGGAUAUUUACGUCACGGGAGGCAACGGCGCCGCCGAGGCGGUCGCUCGGUAUUCACCAAGGGCACAGCACCUGACGUGUUUUGCCGGUGGUAUGGUUGGCAUCGGGGCCAAGAUAUUCAACAAGCCAGAUGAUCUCGACAUUGCCCUGCAGCUGACGGACGCUUGCGUCUGGGCCUACAACUCGACAGCGUCAGGAAUCAUGCCUGAGAUAUUUUCUUUCGUGGACUGCGGGUCUGUCACGAAGCCUCGGGGCGAGGACUGCACUUGGAGCGAGAGCAAAUGGCAUGAUGCUAUCGGGAGUACAUUGGGGGUGGGGAAUGACGAUGCAGGGAGGGAUACACUCAUCGAGCAUACGAUUAACAAGAAACGGCUUUCGCCCGGGUUCACAGAUAUCAACGACAGGAAGUACAUCCUGAGACCCGAGGCCAUCGAGUCCGUAUUCAUCAUGUAUCGGAUUACAGGGGACGCAAAAUGGAUGGACAAGGCUUGGAAUAUGUUCAGCUCCAUUGAAAAGCACACGCGGACCAAGAUUGCGGCGGCAAGCCUGGACGAUGUCACCAGGAGAGACCCGCACAAGGUGGACAGCAUGGAGAGCUUUUGGCUCGCUGAGACGCUCAAGUACUUUUAUCUCGUGUUUUCCGACUUCAAUGUCGUUGACCUUGACGAUUGGGUACUGAACACGGAGGCUCACCCUUUGAAGAGACCGUAGUGAGGCCUAUGCAUGAGAGAGUACAUAUCUACCUAGAUACUUACAUGAUUAGAUUUUUUAGCUUACAUUCUGGUUCGUUCAAGUCUAAUAAAUGGAGCUUACGAGUUAUGAUUCUCUAGGAAAUUGCUA